AUGCUGAAAGUGCAAUGGCGGUUUAUGCUGUGGUGUGAAUCAGCCCUUUGGAUAUCCAGCGGUGUGGUUAUGCAGGGCUACGAUGUUGUUGCCGGUGGCCAGUUAGCUGCUUUGCCUCAGUUUCAGAAGAAGUUCGGCCAUCUGCAGACUGACGGUAGCUAUCUGAUUCCAGCUCAUUAUUUGUCUGCUUGGAACUCUAUCACUCCCGCUUGUGAAAUCAUUUCGAGCUUUAUAUUCGUGCCGCUGCUUGAAAGGUUUGGGCGGAAGCCUGGAAUUCUGGUGGCUGCCUUCAUUUCUGUUGGGGGAAUCUUCCUUCAGCAGCUGGCAGAUAAUUGGAAGGUACACCUCGCUGGUCGUGGUAUCAAUGGCAUUGCCGUUGGCAUGAUGUUUACUAUUUCUCCUCUUUGGGUCGGGGAGACCUGUCAGCCCGAACUCCGAGGAUUCUUUCUCUGCUUCUUCAAUACGAGUAUCGUAUUCGGACAAUUUGCUAUGUUGGACUUCCAAGUUACAGCUCUGACUAUAUUAACUCCGCAAUGUAGGCAAUGGUGGCUACCUGUUGUCUCAAUGUACACUUUCCCUAUCAUUCUCUUAUCUGGAUGGCUGUUCUUCCCAGAGUCUCCUUACUGGCUAAUUCGUCAGGGCAAGAUAGCCAAGAGCAGGGAAUCCCUUAAAGUUGUUUACGGAAUCAAUGAUGUAUCGUUUUAUGACCUCGAAAUCAAUCGCAUGCAAGAAGAGAUUCGCGUUACAAGACUUCUUCAUGGCGAUCUUGAUUCAAAUCACCAUUGGCGAAUAUGCGGCAUCAACUUCUCUGCUGAGGUCGAUUGCUUCCGAGGUACUAAUCUCAGACGAACACUGACGGCUAUCUUUGCAGCCAGUGCUCAACAAAUGAUUGGUGCGAGUUUUGUUAUAGGGUAUGCUACAUACUUUCUUAAACUUAUCGGCAUCAAUGACUAUUUCAACGCAUCUGUCGCUCUUUAUGUUCUCAUGCUUCUUGCGAGCAUGGCUGCUUUUCCACUCACUGAGAUCGUCGGUCGCCGAAGUUUGAUUGUCGGGUCUCAGUUUGUCCUUUGCUUUCUUCUUCUGCUUAUUGGGAUCAUGGGGUGUAUCCCCAACCGCACUAAAGCGAGCACAGGAAUAAUUGCUUUUAUAUACGUCUGGGCUAUCAUUUAUCAGAUUUCCAUUGGAGCUACCGGAUUUGUACUGGCAUCGGAGAUCGCCACCAUGCGCUUGCGUGGCGCCACUCAGGGCAUGGUCACAAUCUCGAACGCUAUAUGGGGCCUUAUAAUGCAGUUCACUAUUCCUUACAUGAUUAACCCUGACACUGGCAAUCUCGGAGGAAAGGUAGGGUUCAUUUUCUUGGGCACUGGCUUAAUGGCUGCCAUCGGAGGUUUCUUCCUGUUCCCAGAAACCAAGGGAAUAUCCCCCGAGAAACUCGACGAACUAUUUUUUCAUAAGGUGAAACCACGCCACUUCAAGCAAAAGGCGAAGGAGACUCCACACAUCGCUAUCGGGGAGGUGAAAGCGGACACCAAUGGCGUCAAUUUUUAG